GAUGGAGUCGCGCCAGCAGGCCAGGCUUCUGCCACAGUAGCAGUGGCGCCUGCUGUCGACGCAACUGCCAAUGGUGGAGGGGCCCAGUGGCCCCUGCAGGGAUUCGCGACAGACAACCCAUACUUUCAAGCCGGGUUUGGACUGAUGGGCGUCGGCGUCGCUCUCGGAGCAGCUCGUCAAGCCGCUAUGUUCGGGCUGACAGCCGCUCGUAGACGGCUGCUGGUCUCUCUCGAAAUGAACAACAAGGACCGCGCGUAUGCGUGGUUCUUAGGAUGGAUGGCCAACAACUCCAACCUAGCGGCGAAGUCAAGGGCCAGUACCUGGCUGAGAAGCCAUGAGCUCAGUGUAUCUACCGUCUUUGAGCAAGGCCAGAAUCGGGCUUCCUUCUCUGGCUUUGAUAUUACAGCAGGCCCUGGCAUGCACUGGUUCAGGUAUCGCGGUGCCUGGAUGCAGGUGAAGCGGGAGCGAGAGACUCGUGCUACGAAUAUCAGUACCGGCGUGCCUUGGGAGACUGUUACGAUUACGACGCUCUCUCGGGACCGCGAUCUUUUCCUUCAGCUGCUCUCUGAAGCAAGGGAUCUUGCAAUGCAAGGGAACGAGGGCAAACUAUCUGUUCAUAUCCCGGACAGCACUCGCUGGCGCCCAUUUGGCCAGCCAAAACGGAAAAGACCAAUCAAGAGUGUUGUGUUAGACGACGGUGUAGCUGAGAAAGUGGAGCGCGACAUACGCGCAUUCCUCGACCGCCGGCAAUGGUAUGCAGACAGAGGCAUCCCGUAUCGUCGAGGGUAUCUUCUUUACGGUCCUCCUGGCUCGGGGAAAUCGUCUUUUAUACAGGCAAUCGCAGGCGAACUCAACUAUGACAUAUGCAUCUUGAAUCUCUCGGAACGUGGUCUAGGCGACGAUAGGUUGUUCCACCUCCUAUCGAACAUACCGGAACGGAGCAUCGUUCUUAUCGAAGAUAUCGACGCUGCGUUCAAUAAGCGGGCCCAGAGUAACGAAGACGGAUAUCAAUCCUCCGUGACAUUCUCGGGAUUUCUGAACGCUCUUGACGGCGUAGCUUCCAGCGAAGAACGCAUAAUCUUUAUGACCACCAAUCACAUACAACACCUCGACCCUGCUCUGAUACGCCCCGGUCGAGUAGAUGUGCCCAUUUUGCUAGACGAUGCUAGUCCUUCCCAAGCCAGGCGUCUGUUUACUCAAUUCUACGAGGACGGAGAAGGUAUAAACAGCGUCAUAUCAGAAAAGGAGGAGCCGCUUGACCAGGAGCAGCUUCGCGCGUUGGCCAGCUCGUUGGAGGCUCAGGUCCGGAAAGCAAUGGACAACGGUAAACGGGUCAGUAUGGCGGCUUUGCAGGGUCUCUUCAUUCUCAAUGGCCCCCGUGCGGCGGUAUCGAAAUGCUCGAGCUUGUUUGCACAACGAUAG